GCCCGACACGCAUAGGCUCCGCCCGCCGCCGCGUUGGCGGGAGCGGAGCGGGCGGGGCCGGGCCGGGAGUGGCUCCGGCAGCGGCGGCGGGACCAGCCUGGGCGGCGGAGGUGUGUGCGGCCGGCGUCCCGCUGUUCUUACUGGACGUGCUUGGCAAGAUGGAGCCGCCAACGUCCUCCAGGCUGAAUUCCCGAAAGAGAAGAAAAGAUGGAUCUGGCCCCAAUGGGGCAACAGAGCUGGAUGGAGUCCCUCCAAAAAUGUCCCGACGCUCAUUUGGACUGAGGGAACCGGCUCCAUUUUCAGAUGAAGUGGAAAUCGAUUACAGCAAGCCAUACAUCAGAGUAACAUAUGAAGAAGCGAUGAGAGGGACCCCUUUGGAUCGCCCUGUCAGAGUUUAUGCUGAUGGAAUAUUUGACUUGUUUCACUCUGGACACGCCCGGGCCUUGAUGCAGGCCAAGAACCUCUUCCCAAACACAUACCUCAUUGUUGGAGUCUGCAGUGAUGAGCUAACCCAUAACUUCAAGGGCUUCACAGUAAUGAAUGAAAACGAGCGGUAUGACGCUGUGCAGCACUGUCGCUAUGUGGACGAAGUGGUGAGAAAUGCGCCGUGGACGCUCACUCCCGAGUUCCUGGCAGAGCACAGGAUUGACUUUGUUGCACACGAUGACAUCCCCUAUUCUUCUGCUGGCAGCGAUGAUGUUUAUAAGCAUAUAAAAGAAGCAGGCAUGUUUGCUCCAACUCAGAGAACCGAGGGGAUCUCAACGUCAGAUAUCAUCACCCGGAUUGUGCGGGACUAUGAUGUUUAUGCCAGACGGAACCUGCAGCGGGGCUACACAGCUAAAGAGCUCAACGUCAGCUUCAUCAACGAGAAGAAAUAUCAUCUCCAGGAGCGUGUGGAUAAGGUGAAAAAGAGGGUGAAGGAUGUAGAGGAGAAGUCAAAGGAAUUUGUCCAGAAAGUGGAGGAGAAGAGUAUCGAUCUCAUUCAGAAGUGGGAAGAGAAGUCCCGGGAGUUCAUUGGCAAUUUCCUGGAGAUGUUUGGCCCAGAAGGUGCAUUGAAACACAUGCUGAAGGAGGGCAAGGGCCGGAUGCUGCAGGCCAUCAGCCCAAAGCAGAGUCCCAGCAGUAGCCCCACACACGACCGCUCCCCGUCUCCCUCCUUCCGCUGGCCCUUUUCAACCAAGACUCCUCCUUCCUCACCGGCUAACCGCUCCAGGAACGAGUCUGCAGUCACCUACGACAUCAGUGAGGAUGAAGAGGAUUAAGCUACCAGCCAGGAUUUGCUGUGAACCGCUAAUCGCUGAAUCCUAAAUCCGGACCCACUGGGGAACUCUAAAUGAGCAAGAGAGCCAUAGGAACAGGGCUGACGGUGAGCACAGGGCCUUGGAGGCACCCGUUGCUGUUAGCAAGGGCUGCUGCCUGGAAGCACAUUCAAACCUCCUCUCCCUUCUCCUCCCCAAAUCCCCUUUUUAUUGUUUACGUUCUAGUGGUUUUCAGGGGGAAGAUGGUUUUUAUAUUUUAAGAAAAUUCUCUUUUAAAGCGCAAAGAGUAGCACUCAAGCGUGGCUUUUGUUUUGGUUUCUUUUUCCCUGUUAAACCUCCAGGCAAGAGGGAGAGUGGAAAGACCCAUCUGUCCCUUCUUUCCUUCAGCUCCUCUGUCUUAUUUCCCCCAACCCCAGGCAGUAUUUGUGCCGCUGCCAAACGAAAGGUUCCUCAACCAGAAUGACCUCAAGAGCACACAGGAAGCAGUGAUGUAGAGAGGCUUCUAGGAAAUAGAGACAUCUCUGCUGCACUGGAGCCGAUAGGAAUCUGUUCAGCAGACCCUGUAGCGCUCGCACACCUUGUAGCUGAGCUUCCCAGCGUGUCGCAGUGAGGACGUGCUGGGGAGGGGGCUACCAGCUUAGUACGCAGGAAUUACACCCUGGAAGAAGUCACAGCACAAUAGAGUCACACACCCCGUAAGCACACGGCAUUCGCAGCUCCAGAUGUGUAUGGGGACUGCAGGGGAAAGGCCUUUCCAGCCAAUCUUAACAAGACUGCUAAAUCUUGAGCUAAAAUUCAGCCCCCAGUUGCUGGUGGAGAGAAGAGAAUGAAUCUUUGCUUCGGGGCAUUUGCUGUCUGUGCAUUUCCUUGGGUGUCUGAGAGCCCAGGUAGGAAACGAAUGUGUGUAUGCUCCUUUGAGAAGUUCCUUGUCCCAGUAUGUGGUGUGUAAUACGUUUUACUGUCUGUCCCUCAACACUGUGCUCUGUGCGUGUUUGUCUGUGUUUCAGUUGCUGUGCUCUAAGGGCUGGAACGGUCCUUUACACUGGUGCCGUGAAGUCGCUGCUAUAAGGACAAAACAUGAAUUCGUACAGCCAGUUUGCUGUCUGUGUUGGUGUGUGCAGCUGGACAGAUAAAGGGCACGUUUUACCCCACUGAAGGGUCCCAGUCCCAUAUGACAGUUACCUGGCUUGCGCAAUAAAUGCACAAAUCCGCGCCCACUUACUCCGCUCCUUGAGGCGGACCAGAGAGAACAUCAGAGCGCACUGCAGCUUUUUAAGAUUUUAAACAUGUAAUCUGCUCAUUUGAAUCCAUGGUCCAAGUCGUGCCUGCUGUUGUGUCUGUAAUAAACACUGAGUUUUGUGGCCUGCGGCUCCCCGCAAGCAGUUGCCCUCCCCGAGCUGCGUGUCUGUGCACAGAGCAGGUCAGUGCGCUCUGUCCCAGCAGCCAGCACUGGAGGGACUGGACUUGCUGUUGUGUAGCUGUGAAGCUUCCGCUUGCUUUUCUGUUCAGGUUUGCCUGUGAUACCCAUUGUCUCUGGGUGGAGCUGCUGGGCCGAGUUGCCUGUAUCCUCCGGUGAUGCUGGGAGCAGAGGAGGACAGGUCGGAGCCCGGUUAGCAAGACUGCGGGGGGGGGGGGGGGUGUCUUCAGAGCAGGAUGGGGGGCUCGAGGAGCAAUGGGUGCAAGGAGGCAAAUCGUCAAGUGCUGCUGCAGGCUCUGCGCCAUGCAGGGCCUGUGGUAGGAGCAGGUUGCUGCUGCUUUCCAGCUUGUAUCUUGCUGAUCCUUUGUCACACUGCCCAGAGGGGUUGACAGAGACUCUGUGCUGCUGUUGAGGCCAGAGCUGAUACAGGAAAGGGUAUUUUGGGGAUUCCACAUCUGCAACUUGGACCUCUCUCAGCAGGGAUGUGCACGGCUCUGGGAAUGUGGCUGGCUGCUGUGGAUUUUAAGCUGUAAGGAGCAAAUAACAGUCACUUGGUACAAGCCAGUUAAUCCCCUGGUUUAUGAGUAGCAGAGCACUUUAUAUCACCUACAUUCUGUCUUCCCUCAUCCUCCUCACCUUCCCUUCCUCACCCUUCCCUCAGUAUGGGUAUUUUUUUCCCAAGCUGAAUCACGAAGACCAGGCUGCUUUAGAGCCUUACUACUAUUUUAAACACAAAUUACACAAGUCUUCUGUAAUUUUGGGAUAACAAUGGUGUUUUGAAUGGUGGUUUGUUCUGCGGAGACCUUAACGUAUUUCUUGGUCUUUUGGCAAAACCUGGGGUGCUUGGUAAGAAGCCAGCCAUGGUUUUACAUGUAGCUUGGAACAAUAGAGCUGUUUCUUGUAACCAAUAAUCCCUGCUUCCUCCUUGCACUUAAAUUAAAAUGGACACUCAAACCCCAGACUAGUCUUCCCCCCCGCCCCCAACUUUGUUUUAUUGUUCCCUCCUGGAUUGCUGGACCAGCCUCAUCUGCAGUGCUGCCUUGUCCUAUCAGUAACAGGACAGAGCUUGAUCUUUGGGCAAGACAUGCAAGCAAAGUUCUCCAGGAACUUCUUAUUACCUGUAGAUAUACCCUGCUGCUGCUUCAGGGCUGUCCUGCAUGCCCUUAACCCAUCCCACACUCUUCAGAAAAGAAGCAUCCGCAAGAGGCAUGCUUGAAUUAAGCUCAAAGUAAGAGAUAGAGUGGAAAAAUAAAACUUGACUAGCAUGCAUUGAAGAACAUGUGGAGCUUGAUGCUGCUAAAUCCAGAGGCAUUGACUAUUGCGAGACAGCCCUACCUCAGUUCCUCUAUAGAUCUGGGGUGUGAGGCUGCUGGCGGCAGCAGCCAGCCCCCGGGAGAGGAUUUUGUGAUGGCACAGAACAGCAGCAGCAGGACAAAGCUGAAAGGCACCAAGGGUGCUGGUAGAAGCAAGACGUGAAGAGUGUGGCACUUGAACAGCAUAUUGCUUAGAACUGUAGGAGGAAGUCUUUAAUCUCUUGAGGAAAUCAUGGCACGUGCCUGCACUGACAUAAUUUUGUGCAUUUUAUAGAGAGUUGGGACAUUAUUGUGGGGUCUGGCUCUUGUAACCAGAGGCAGGCGCUGGAGCAGCGAAUGCUCUUGGCAGUAGCAGUGCCUUUGGUGGGACUCACACUGCGUCUUGCCCCCUGCCCUCAGGGUGGGCUUCUUGCUGCUAAGGCCGCCCUGGUGUAAAAGUGUGGGUUUCCUGCCUGCCACGGGUGAGGAGGUGAGUCUGGUUGUCUGAUGGGGGAGUGGGAGGGACAAGUCCCAUAUUUUGCUGCUGCUUGUCAAAACCAUGAGAGUGCUGGGUGCCAGCACUUCUGCUGGUGCCUAGGAAGCCACGUUGGUAAUGGCUGUGCACUGUUGCCAGGAAUCUGCCAAAUGUGGCAAUCUCAUUGCUAACCGCCAGUGCAUCUUCUGACUGAGCGGUUUCGGUUUGAACACAACCACCUGCAAAAAGCUCUGAGUCACUUUUCCCCCUUCCUCAUGGGGCAGAAAACUUGUUUUUUCCCCAGAAUGAAUCAGUUAAAAGUUGGGGGAAUAUUUGGCUUUCUGACUCUGCUUACCCAACAUGUCGCAGUGGCUGGAGGUAUUGUGGUGGGAGAGCACCAGGGAGCAGAUCAGGGGAAGCUUUGAUGGUGCCUGGCAGCAGGCUCUGGUCUUAGCACUGCUUAGCAUCUGCUGCCCAUCUCCAGCCACGGCACUGCCCGGUCCUGCCAUCACCUCCAGCCCCGCAGCAGCGGCUGCUUCAAGCUGGCUCUUCCCGGUCGGUGUUUGCUGUGCUGUUUUUUCUGUAUGGGCCUGUGUGCACACCGUGUGUCUUACUGGCUUGUUCUGGAGUUGGGUUUUUGGCUUUUAUGUUUAGCCAAAUAAAUGCAAAGUCAUUUUA